UAACUCUGUCCUUGUCAUGUCCCGUAAGGUGUUUGUUUUGUGCAGCAUCCAAACGGGACCAACAAAUGAAACUGAUGCUCUUUGCUGGUAAGUUGUGUAACUUUGUAGCUGGUAACAAUUGAUGUUUCUUGGAAACUGGGACCAUAAGAGAAUCCAACAAGUUUUGUUAUUUCCAACAUUUUGUUCCGUUUUGAUAUAAUUCACUGAGAGUUUACAGUCUGUGCAAGACUUUAGGAGCGUCUAUAAUAAACCCAUUGUCUUAUUCUUAAACCCCUUUUAAACCUAAUAUCCCUUUUGAUCUAUCUAUGAUUGGCUUUACCAAAGGUGGGGUAAGGAGAAAAAGGUAAAGAACUAUAUAAAUUGUUGAGACUUAGUCAGAUCUCAGAAGCAAUACACCACUUGAGUGAUUUUGGUGGGGUUGCAUUUUGGUGAGUGAAGCAUCUUUUUCAAACAAUGCAGAGAGGAAAAAAACAGAGGAACCAAAAGGUCUUGACUUUCUUACUCAGAAAAAUUAACACUAAGUCAUGGAUCCAAAGCAUAUUAAUAUCUGUCUUUGUGUGUUAACAUGUCUCUUGUGAGUCUUUAAACUUAGUUUUCUCCAUAGAUUAAAGCAAAAGCAAAGAUGGGCUUCCUCUGUCACAAGUUUUGCUAACUCAUCCUUUUCGGACAAGGACACUCUUCGUUUCCCACUUUGGUGGUUUCUUUAGUAUUCAUCAGUUUUGUUUUAUUUAUCUUUCCUUGUACAAGGAGACUGUUUAUAUAGGAUUCUUCAUUCCUGUUUGGCUGUUUUUAUCCAUCUUCCUUGUACAACGAGAGUGUCAUGGCUACUCUGUCUGAAAUCGUCGAGGAAGAACUUGGAACAUCACUAAGAAGCAAACUUUCAAGAACAAGUGAAACCAGUCUCGCUUCUGUCGCAUCGUUAUCCAUGCCACUUAUUCAGGAGAUUGUUCUAUCAGCAGACAUCAGAUGUAGUGACUGCCAAGAGAAAGUCGCCGACAUAAUGUCAAGAAUGAUCGAAACAUAUUCAAUAUUGGUGAGUGUGUUGGAGAAGAGAGUGACACUGACGUGUACUUAUUCCGGUGACCGGAGAGUCUCCAAAUCAUAUGGUGAAGCUCUUCUUUGCAAAAUCUCAACCAUCAAGCGUUUGAUAUGUCCUUCCAGUUCCAGGAAACAACAACUCAGAGUUGCUAAAUUUUAGCUUUUAUUAUGAUCCUCUUUGCAAUAAAAUGAAUCUUUUAUGUUGAAAUGUGAUUGGAUUUUGUUUAGAUAAACCAAAAAAAAA